AAGAGACAGCAAAGAAGAAACUACGACGACGUUGAAGGUGUGUAAUGUAGAAAAAAAACUUCUGCGUGAAAAAAGAGCAGUGAAACGGGUCGGUCGCGGAUUGUUCGAAUAAGUAGUGACAAACGGCAACGAAGAAAAAUGUUUUAAUUCAGCUAGUGGCCAUCACUAUCCUGCUGGAAUUGUUUUAUUGCUUACGCUCGCGAGUUCCAGCUAGGUUUCGAUUGUGGUGAUAGGGGCUAAUUGUUCCGGAAGUUGAUUUUUCAGUGGCUGCUGCUUGGAGUGAAAACGCGAAGAAAACCUUCCCGACACCUUCUUCCUCUUUGUGUGUGCAUCAUCAGCCAGCAUCAACGAUUUGAUCUCGUUUGUGUGUUUGACUGUUUUCUCAGUGGAAUUCGGCGUUAAACUCGAAGGGCAAACUCGGAAGGGCCUGCAAGCGGUUCGUUUGAACUCCGCUGCGAACUGCAUCAGAAAAUCUUUGGCUUUUCUUCCUUCCCAGCUCAGUGCACUCCAACCUAGGCUGUUUUGAUCAACGGGACGUUGCUACUGCGCUAGGAGUUUUUAGGUUGCCCAAGAAGUAACGUAAUCGUAGCAUCGAAAAAUGGAGAUUCUUGCAUCUCAAGUGAACGGAUUAACAACGCCCCGAAAGAAGGAUAUCGAUCCGAAAGAAAAUCUUUGGUCGGCUAUCCUAAGUGAAGUACAAACACAGAGCAGCACCAAACUACCCUCGAAUAAGUCAGUGCUAGUACUGGGCGACAAUGCCAGCGGUAAGACGACCCUGAUUGCAAAACUGCAAGGAGUGGAGGACCCGAAGAAAGGUUCCGGCCUCGAGUAUGCCUACAUUGACGUGCGGGACGAGUACCGAGACGAUGUGACCCGCCUAGGCGUAUGGAUACUGGACGGUGAUCCGGGCCACAACAACCUGCUCAAGUAUGCGCUCAAUGAUUCUAAUUACGCACACACCCUGGUCAUCCUGACGCUGUCAAUGACGACACCGUGGAGCUGGGUAGACCAGCUGCAGCACUGGAUAAAGAUACUGGAUGAUCACAUAGCGGGACUGAAAAUCGAUCCGGAAGAAAAGCAACAGUGUUGCCAGCGGCUUGUGACAGUAUGGCAAAGUUACUGCGACACAAUUGACGAGCUGGACCCGGGCUCUCCUAUCAAGCGUACCAAUCGUCUUUCCUCCGUGGAUGAUGACCUGGAUGCGCUGCCCCUUCCGGAAGGUGUACUAACGACCAAUUUGGGCUUAGAUGUAGUAGUUGUUGUGACGAAAACCGACUACAUGACCACCCUGGAGAAAGAGCUCGACUACCGGGAUGAGCAUUUCGACUUUAUGCAGCAGUGGAUCCGUCGCUUCUGUCUGGUUUACGGUGCGUCGUUGUUCUACACAAGCGUGAAAGAAGACAAGAAUUGCGACCUGCUGUAUAAAUAUCUAACGCAUCGGAUCUACGGGUUACCAUUCCGUACACCGGCGCUUAUUGUGGAAAAGGAUGCCGUGCUAAUACCCGCUGGUUGGGAUAAUAUGAAGAAGAUUAAUAUAUUGUACGAAAAUAUGCAAUCAUGUAAGCCAGAUGACUACUACAAUGAUAUUAUAGCACAACCGCCUUCAAGAAAGACUGUCUCCAACCGUGAGGUGGAGGUUCAGACGGAAGAAGAACAAGCGUUCCUCACGCGACAGCUGCAGCUACUGCAGCAGGGCCAGACGCCAACGCGAGGCGAAUCCCCGAUGCGAUCGCAGGGCAGCGCCGGUAAAGCAACCACACGGACUCCGGGUUCGGCCGGUGCACAAGGUUCACCUAAAAAGGUCGACGGCAAACUAAAUCCUUGCACACCGAGCGGCGAGGGCGUACUCGCUAACUUCUUCAACUCAUUGCUGCUGAAAAAAUCCGGCUCACCCGGCGGUGGCGGAGCCAGUUUACCGGGCGUAACGGGUAUCUCGCCACGGGCAACGAACGGUGGUAGUGAUCUGGUAACAGCGAACGAUACCAUCUCCAUGCGAACAGAUGCCGCCAUGGAGCUAGACCGCAUGACGCGUAGCGUCAAGAAGGAUCUGGACUUUUCGGAUCAGUCGGACUGCUAAACGAGCGCUCCCUGGGAUCACAGAUCCACCGCAUAACGGUAAGACUUGUUGCGAGAAAGCGAACGAGAACGGAAAGGCAAUUGUAAAGACCGGAUUUUGCACGUGUCGUGUGAUAUGGCUUGUAAGCUCUACAUAUACUCUGCGCUGCGGUAUUGUUUGUGUGUGAAUGUGAGCGCUUGUACGCAAAACAGGAAGUGAGGGCCUGCUAAAAAGGAAGCUGGAGUGCGAGUGUUUGAUAAAGGGAACGGUUUGCGAUCCACAAUUCGCCGUACAGUGGAAACGUGGAAUGCAUAUCGAACCAUUUUUAAUAGUUAGUUAGUGCGGUAAAGUAGAGAGAAUAAGUCGAAUAGGAGAGUUUAAUAAAAAAAAAAUGCAUAUUUAAAAUGUUCUUUCUGCUCUCGUCAAUGGUGCUUCUUUCUCGGCUUUAUACCGGGCUGUAAUCAUUAAAGAAGACGAUAUUACAGUUCAUUUUCCGUGUCACACCGUUGUAAGCUCCAAAUCUUUUAUCUUAGUUUAGAUGCGACGAUCAUCAAAAUGUACUAUCUCCGAUUUAGCAAACUUAAUAUUUGUUUAAAGCUAAAACAACUAAUCCUGCAUUUUGUAAAACGCAUACCACUCUCUAUCAGAGCAUGCAUACUCCAAACUAAAUCACUUACUGCAGUGCACCUAGUUGCGAGGAUAAAAAAGAACAGAUAAGCCACCCUGCAAUGCGUAACGCAAGUGAGAGAACAAGAAAACAUUACCUAUUAAUUAACUUAUAUCGAAUUGAUAACGAUAAUUUGCAGCUUACAAGACGAUGAGCUGAUAAGUAGAGCAACUUAACUUAUAAACAUUUAUCCAUUGUAAUUCCUCAUUAAAAAAAUAACACAGGUAAAGCUAGGACAGAUUCCAUAGGACAAGAGAGACAGAGAAGAUUUAUAAUCUUAUUUUAACUUUUUGUCACUUUCGUUAGAUAUUGAUGAGGAGAUCGGUUUAUAAAAUGAAAUUUAGUAUUCUGUAAUAAUUUGAUAUUUCUUCUGUUCUAAACCCAAUCGAGGCAACACAUUUAGUAAAUGGGCUCGUUUAGCAUUACAUAAAGGUAAUUGAAAACAUCAAAUAGUUGCCACAACGGUAAAGCAUUGUUAGAACGUUCGAUUGAACAUAUUUUAAAUUGAUGUGUAUGUUACAAAAUCGGAUCGGCAAAACGCGAGGGCUUCCGCUAUUGUUCCUCCGACAGGAAGCUCGACACUAUUUGUUAGGUAAACAAAAAUUCUGCAUUGUUGUAAAGUUCUCACUUAUAUGAUUUUAGAAACAGAUUUUUUAUUAGCCUUCGGAUGUGCUGUAUAUGGCAUUGGUAUCUGUAGCAAAAAAGUGACGCUUUUGUUUAUGUGGAGCCUAUCCAAACUGAACUAUUGGACCAUCAUCCUCAGCGUAUCGCAUGAAAAACAAACUUUACCUACGUUGAAUAAUUGAAAAAAGAGAAAAAACUAAAGCAAGAAAAACAGUCAAACCUCUAUUACUUAGUAGGCUGACACUAAAAUUUACUGACAAAUUUAGCGCCGAGGAACAAUAUUCGGGAUGAUUUAGAGUUAUUAACUCGUACGAAAGACGAAAAUGAAUUAUUGCAAAAAACAA